GGUCUCUAUACCAAUUUCUACUCACUGAAAAUGCUUCGCAAAACUCCAAAAUAUGUGAGGAAGAGGAAGGUGUUCAAAGGAGAUCAAUACCAGGUAUUACAGAAGAGUAACAUGAAUGCUGGAGAGGUGCCAGAAGAACUAACAGCUAAUUCAUAGAUUGAGGAAGCUUUCCCUGAAUAAGUGUUUGGACAGCCCUAUUUUUGGCCCUGGUCCCACAUGUGAAGAUCCGCGUCAUGACAUUAGUGGCCCACAACUUGCAGCUGCUUUGCAAAAGGCUCACGUGUGUCUGGGAGGGCAUCUCAUUCCUCUGGAGAAUUUGUCAAAGAGGAAUGGGUUGAACUACGCCAUGGUCCUUGGUUGCUUCAUUUGCAAAAAGGAGAGGACAUUCUCUUCAUCAGAAAAUGAAUGCGAAGGACGUGGAAAGUCUGCAGAAAUAAACCGCAGAGCUACUCUGGCAGCAACGGAGGUUGGUUUGGCACGGGAUAGCUUGUGCGACUUGCUGACCAUCCUCGGAACAGCCCCACUAGUCAAAGCCCCUAGCUACAACAGGCACAUAGCCGCUCUAUCUUCCUUAUCCCAAGAGACCAGUAAGGAUCAGAAGAAGAAGGUGGCAGCAUGCUUACGUCAAAGGACCAUGGACAAGGAUCUGACCAUCGGGGAAAAUUAUUAUGUGGACGUGGCAGUGCCCUACGAUGGAACAUUGCAUAGACGAGGUUACACAUCGAAUCAUAGGGUGGGGGUAGUGAUACCAAUCGAUACAGGGGAGAUUGUUUAACACAGAGGGUCUAUCAAAAUCAUUUUAUUUGAGUAAAGAAAGGGUUGGGUCUUCAGUGUUCUCAGCCAGAGGGACCUUGAUCUGAAGACUCCAAAACUGAGCAGCAAGGCUUGUCUUUUCUGCUCUCUUCGAACUCACAUACAACCUCUUUGACUUGAACUUCAUUGUACAUGUUUAUACAAUGUUUUAAAACAUUUCUGUGCUGCAACUCAGUGCCUUAGUUUUUAUUGUACAUGUUUAUAUAUUUUUAACUUGCCUUUCAUUUUAGUCAUGUUUACAUACACACUAUAUAUGACAUUUUAGUUAUUUAGAGGAACUAGGGUGAUAUAUGUGGGUAUUUAUUACACCUUAGUAGAAUAAGUCCACGUAAUAUGUGUUGCAAUUACGAACUUGCCUUUCAUUUUAGUUUGUAGUGUACAUGUUUAUGUGAUACAUUUUUUACUUGCCUUUUAUUUUAGUUUUUAGCAUAUGUACAUGCAUACAACUUUUGAUAUAAACCAAAUACAUCCUGCCACUUUCAUUCAA